AUGAAGGACAUCAAGACUGUUUAAAGAAUAGCUAACUUUGAUUAAGAUCAAUUGCUUGAAUUUAGAAAGAGGGAAUCUUUGGUUACUAGAGACACAAAAGAACUCUAAAUUGGAAAAUAAAACAUUAAGUACUUCUACCACUAUCUGCAAUUCAGUCUAAUUAAUGCAGUUAACGAAAACGCUCUUAAUUAUCUCUAUCCUGAACGAUAAUAAUUGAGUGAUCAAGAUAAACUAGAUAUUGAAGCGUACUUGAUACUUAAAUAGGCUUAAAAGAAAGCACAAGAUAGCAAAUGA